AUGGAGACUAGCGAAGCAACAGCUAAUAUACCUGCCCCUGUACGUAGAACCUCAGCGACAAUUGCAGUUUCGAAAGUGACUUGGACAUCAGUGCCCGCUUCGCGCUCCAAUUCUAGCUCUAGUUUUGAGCCAGACCCGACGUCCAAACAAGAUUCGGCUGCAGCAAACGCUAAUGCUUCUACGACGGUGAUCAUCAAUGUGAGCUCCCACUCCAGUGACAGCGACGUGUCUUCUAGGGUUAUACCUAUGGAAAAUAGCGACAGAGGGGUGUGCAUGAGUACCGUCAUCGGCAUCGUCGCAGGCUUUGUAGCUGCAGUACUGCUGAUCAUGGGGACUGCUUUCUGGUUGUACCGCCGCAAGAUGCAAAAGCUGAUUGUACGAUCACCCUUGUUUGAUGCCUACUACGACACUGUGCCAGGCAGUCUUACCGCCGGCCCAAACGUCUUCACGCCGUCGUCCGCGUUUGCGACUCGAGGCCUCACCAGUUUUUUUGACGGGACGGUGAACCUCGAUAGCUCAGGGAAUCUCGACUCCACACUGCGUCUUGACGGUAGCACAGGUUCGAAACAAUCGACCAAACAGAGAUCCAGCUUAUGGGAGGACGAAGUUAUCACGGCAGCACGUAUCCCACUGGAAAAGAUCAUUCGUAAGGAGAUAAUUAACGAAGGCGGCCACGGAGCAGUGUACCGUGGCUUGUAUCGUGGUGAGUGUGUCGCGAUCAAAGUGCUUUUGCCUGAGCAAAGAAAAGAUAUGCGUCAGAUCAAUGCUUUUCUCUCCGAGAUCAAGAUGAUGGCGAGUGUAGAGCACCCUUGCAUAGUGCACUUCGUUGGCGUGGCAUGGGAUGCCCUCAGCGACCUCUGUGCAGUUUCAGAGUUUAUGCCGGGUGGUGACUUAUUCACGCUGUUACGACGCUUUGAUUGUGUGGAGCAUCGCGUACAAGGCUUUGACAUCGAUAAGGCUAAAAUCGCGCUUCACUUAGCACAGGCAUUGACGUAUCUGCACUCUCUCGAACCCGUCGUAAUCCACCGCGAUCUCAAGUCAAUGAACAUCCUCCUGUCGGACGAUUGGGAGGCCAAGCUCACCGAUUUCGGCGUCUCGCGUAGGUGGACGGUAGACACCAUGACGGCGGGCAUUGGUACAAAACGCUGGAUGGCACCAGAGGUUAUGAUGGGUAAACGCUACGACACCAGUGCCGACAUUUUCUCGUUUGGUGUGGUACUGUCGGAAUUGGACUCACAUCAGCCUCCGUAUGCUAGCACAAUUGCCACUCUCACCUCCGAGUCAGGUGAAAAAGUGACAGAGACGGCAUUGAUGGAAAUGGUCGUCAUAGGCCGCGUCCGAGUCAAUUUUUCAUCAAAUGCACCCGCAGCAUUGGUGAAUUUAGGUCACGCGUGUGUGAAUUUGAACCCAAGAUUACGGCCUAAUGCUGGCGAAGUGCACUACCAGCUACAGAAAAUUUUACGCAUGUACCAGAAGUAUAUACUAUAG